CAAACCGAAAUAUGUAUGCUCUGUGCGGCUGUACCACCGUCAAAUUCGAGCAGGUCGAGGUGAAUGGCCUUCCAAUUGUUGCAUUGCCGCCGCAGCAACCCGAGCAGCCGAUGUCUCGCGUUUUGGAAUCAGUACAAGGAUUGUGCAAUCUAUCUUCUGCCAUUCAAAAAUUCAAGAGCAGGUACGACGAAUUGGAGAAGCACCUCGAUUUGAUCCGGACUGCUAUCGAGAGUCACGAGCAGCCUGAUGGUCAAGUCGACGACGAAGCUGUGGCACUCGCGCCUUCGGUGGCAGAAGGCAGUGGACUGGAGUGGAGGUCUGGAGGUCGGAGGAGGAGGAUGAGUAGGCGCCGCCUUCUUCCUUUCCUUCCCUUUGCGUCGCGAUUUCAAAAAUCCACUUUUCUCUUGGGUUAGCUUAAGUCGUGGACGAGUAGAGGUAGAGCCGUAGAGGGCCUGAGGCCCUGAGCAGCCAGCAGGCUGAGUGGGGCUUACAAAGAGGCCCAAUCCAAUUUAUGGGGUGGAGUGGGUUGAAAAAGAGGGUUGGGCCGAGUAUUGGGCUGGGGCCUGGGGCGCUGGGAAUUGGGUUGGGUAGGGGCAGUUGAUUACUUCG